UGGUAAAUCUUCAGUGCAUGAAUCCCAAGCGAGAGCUGUUGACGUCAGCGGAUAAAUGCUCAACUGCUCCUCUGCUACAUCUCAUCAAGCUGUGACGUGGCAUCUCCCGGACUGACGCCAACAGAGACACAAACUCAUCGUCUCACCAGACACCCACCUCUAACCCCCUCUCUCAGUCACCGUGUCAGGCCAGCAUUAUGCAGCUGUCACAGGGGCUAUGAAGGCGGCGUCUCCGGAUUUAACCUCCAUGUCUGGAGUCGCAGCUCUGGGACUCAGGCUGCCGCUGUGAUCUCUGGCUUCGAUUGUUUGGAGCCAACAGGUGCCUCCUAACUGUGUGAUCAAGAGGGAGCAGGAGAAAUGCAUGGAAAUGAUGGCCUUGGAUGAUCCUGGGAACGAUCCAGAAUUUGGUUGUCCGUGGAUGUGGGACAAUCUGACAUGUUGGCAGCCUGCCAGGAUUGGUGAGGUGGUCGAAGUCAUCUGUCCUGAACUCUUCUCUCAGUUCAUGAGUGAAGAAGACUACGAGGUUGGAAAAGUCAGUCGUAACUGCACUGAGUUUGGCUGGUCGGAGACGUUCCCUCAUUACAUUGACGCCUGCCUGUAUGAAGAAGGAAACAGCAGCCAUACGGAUAUGUACUUUGUGUCAGUGAAGGCUCUGUACACUGUGGGCUACAGCACCUCUUUGGUCUCCCUCACCAUGGCCAUGGUCAUCCUGUGUAGGUUCAGGAAGCUGCACUGUACCAGAAACUUCAUCCAUAUGAACCUAUUUGUGUCGUUCAUCUUGAGAGCUAUUUCAGUCUUCAUCAAAGACGGCGUGCUGUAUGCCAAAGAGGACAGCGAGCACUGCUUCAUGCACACUCUGGAGUGUCGAGCAGUGAUGAUAUUCUUCCACUACUGCGUCCUUUCUAACUACUUCUGGCUCUUCAUCGAGGGCCUGUACCUGUUUACUUUACUGGUGGAGACCUUCUUCCCUGAAAAGAGAUACUUCUACUGGUACAUCAUCAUCGGUUGGGGAGCCCCCACAGUGUGUGUGACCAUCUGGGCAGUGCUGAAGCUACACUUUGAUAAUAUAGGGUGUUGGGACAUGAAUGACAACGCUGCCAUCUGGUGGGUGAUAAAGGGACCUGUGCUGGCUUCAAUUAUGAUCAACUUCGUGCUCUUCAUUGGCAUCAUCGUCAUCCUUGUCCAGAAGUUACAGUCCCCAGAUAUCGGUGGAAAUGAAUCCAGCAUUUACCUGAGGUUGGCCCGCUCCACUCUGCUACUGAUUCCUCUGUUUGGGAUCCAUUACACUGUGUUUGCCUUCUCCCCUGAGAACGUCAGCAAGAGAGAGCGUCUGGUGUUUGAGCUCGGCCUCGGAUCCUUCCAGGGUUUUGUGGUGGCCGUCCUCUACUGCUUCCUGAAUGGAGAGUAUAUCCCUCAAGGUGCAAUCGGAGAUCAAGAGGAAAUGGCGCAGCUGGACGGUGAACAGGUACUUUGCUGUGGACCUGAAGCACCGGCAUCCUUCACUGGCGAGCAGUGGGGUGAACGGGGGCACGCAGCUGUCCAUCCUCAGCAAGAGCAGCUCACAGAUCCGCAUGUCCAGCCUGCAGGCCGAGACCCCGGCCACCUGAGCGGCACAGACGGGGACGCCGUGUCCGGCAACGACGCCGCCUCCGGACCUGACACCUCCAACCUUGCCACAUCUACCCUCGUCCCGAUGACCAGCUUCACCAACCCGUUCCUGAACCCAUACCCCAACCCAUACCCAGACGAAACCAUGAUGGAAACCCAACUCAACUCCAGCGACCCAGAACAGCCUCUAGUCUGACCUGCUUCAACCCUAAACAUGACCGAACCUGAAAGUCAGGUGCCACAUAAUGAGUCUCUUCAUGUCCCGACCUCUGACCUGGUUCGGAUGCAGCCGAAGUGAAAAACACACUUAGUCGUCCGGUAUAGGCUAAGCCUUUAAAUUUCAAAGGGCAUGAUUAGGACUUCUAGUUUAUAUCCAGUGUCUUGCUGGGCUGUAACAUGAAGAAAAAAGCAUGGUUAUGUCUCUGUAUAUAUUCUAUCAGUGUUCAAAGUUGUCUGGUGCUACAGUGUCCGCUGCUGUAUAGCACAGUGGGACCAGUUUAUUACUGCAGCUCUACAGUAUGUGCCCUCUCACAGUGAUCAUUCCAGUCUGUCUGAGGAAGUUUUCACACUUGUCCUUAAGUAUAAUCCUCAAAAUGUAUUUUAGACUAUAACUACACUCUGUAUUCCAAUUAAAAUAGAGAUCUCAGUUGCCUUGCCAUUUGAAAUAGUUUACUUAAAGACAGACAACACAUGGCAAUGUAAAUAACAUGAUUUUACACAUGAAGAUAAGUUAAAUUGUCACGUUGAGUACUUAUCAGCCUGUGUGGAUCUCAAGGACCUGAAAAAUAAUCCUAGUGAUGUCUUCAGGGUUAUUUCAGCUUGGAAACCUGUUAUAUAAACAAUGGGCAUGGCGUUUGGAAGAUGUGGGUAUUUACAAGGCGAGGAGGAGCCAUUAAAUGGUUAUUGUUUGCUGCAUUGUCAGAAAUGUGUUGUUGAAACUUACCCCAAACUCUGGACUCAAAUUCAUAUCUCGGCCUCUGCUGCUUCGAUUCUUACUCUCCCUAAUGUACAGAAUGACUAUUUUUGUUAAAUAUUUUGAUGUUACUGAUUAAGCAAAUGGUCAUCUGAAACAUUAUGGCUGAUGUCAGCGGAGUCUUACCGAGACUUAUUGAACGUGUUCCUUGCUGAGGAAGACAUCCAACCACAUUAACAACUAAACCGUGUCUGUGUACUGGCACAAUCCUUCGAUUCCUGUGUAAACAGUGACGGAUAAAACAAAACAAUUUAAUGGGUGAUGAAGACAGACAGACCAGACUGAGGAAUGUUGAGGAGAAAUUUCUUCUGGAUCUAACAAGUGAAAAAGCAGUAUUGACGAGAAGGACAUAUUUUAUACGGUUAUGUGAAAUGCCAAAAAAACAGAGUUUAAAACCCCUCCAGGGUUAAAUGGGGAUGGUUGGGGAGGUUUUCCAACUACGACCACAAACACAAACCUCUCUAUAAAUCUCAGCCCAGAAAACUAGACGUCUGAGAAAAAGACACCUUUGGAGGUCAGCGCGUCUGUAGUUUUAAACAGCCGUUAGUACAGAAAAUGUCAAUGAAAAUGAACUCGUGACUGAAGCAUCAUGAGUUCAACUGCAUGCAUGAA